AUGGCACCCACGGAGAAGAACGUCGAGGAAGUCCUCGGCCAGAUUGACGAGACCAAGGCGGUCUUGACUGCCAACCCCAGCGCGCUCGCCGGAACCAAGCGCCGCCGAUUCGAUGACGACGAUGACGAUGAGGGUGCGGGAACCAAGCGUCUCCGUGUCGGCGACGACGUCGAUAACGGCAACGCCAUCCCCACCUCCACCAACAUCAACAUCGGAAGGGUCUCAGACGAGGACCUUCCUCAGCCAUCUCUCAGCUCGCUGGCACCACAAACCAGCAUCUCGGGGCCCAUCAACCCCACAUCUCGCCACGACGGUCAUGAGGCCAAUGAUUCGGAGAAGCCACUGCUGACUCUCCAAUCUUCGCAUGACCUGACGUGCCGGGAUGAAGAUCUCGCAGGACGUAUCUUGUGGGCUGGACCCAAGGCUGUGAGAGAUCUGCCUCGAGGUCCUCUGGACAAGAAGAAGGGCUUGCCUCCUCAUCCUGCCCUCAUCAUGUCACCCAAAGUUAAGGAGGACGGCACCGUCGACUUUUUGGUAUUGACCUCGUUCCAAGACAACAGUCUCCUGAAGAGAUUCCCCGGAAACUCUGAAGAAGCCGUCAAGGCGAGGUCCUACUUCCUCCCCAUCGAAGGUGCUCUCGAGACCGAACCCCACCCCGAUGACCCCGUGAGGAACUUCAUGGUCAAGACCACUAAGAAGCCCCACAACCAGAAAGCAACUUCCUUCGUCAACACGACGCACAUGCGCAAUGUCGCCUUCGACCUCCUUGUUGCGUACAAGGAUGGAGGCCUCUUUGCGCAAGACUACUCCAUCGACGAGGCUUCGUUCCACAAGCUUGAGGAGUUCAUGACGAACCGCCCUCCACUGGAAGAAAGUCUCAUCGAGUACAUGAUGAAGGACCCGAACAGCCAAGGCGGGGACAAGAAGCGGAAGAGGCCCAAGAAGCCGAAGACGCAUAGAGCGGAAGAGUAG